UCUCCGGCGCGAAUUGGAAGCAGUCGUCUCAGCGUUCUGUGUGCUGUUCUCUGGGUUCUUGAAUGUGAAAGUGGAGUCAAAUUGAUUGGCAAAGAGCGUGAGAAUGAAGUCAGUGAUCAGCCUCAUUGUGCCCUGCUUCCUGGCCAUGCUGGCCAUGGCAGAUGACGAGUUCACGGGAUCACCAAUGCACUGCCAAGAACUCAAUCCACAAAGCCACUUGGAUCUCGAGCAAAUCAUGGGUUUGUGGUACGGCAGCGAGAUCUACACGCAUCACGACAACGAGGAGCGUGAGCUGGUGUACAAUUCCUGCGUGGUAAUCCAUCUGGUUGAGGUGACGAAUGACAUGACCACCACGGAGAGGAGCCCGCGACCUGGGGAAUACGGCUACGGGAGCACUUACCGGGGAAGGAAUAACAGACAGAACUUCCGCUACCUCAGGCUCGUGUGGGAUGAGCGCGAGAAAACACUUGAAUACACGAUGCGUCUCAAUGCCUCGCGGCGAGGCUUCUGGAUCACGACGGCGCCCCAGGGCGGAGGACCCUUUGAGCUGGAGCACGGCACCUUCAGUGGCACUGUGCAGGUCAUGAAAGCCGUUGGGGAUCACCUGGUGCUCACUUUCUGCCAACACUUCCCCACCGGAACACUCUUCUCCAUUGUUCUGUCGCGACAGCCCAACACCCUCACUCUGGAGGACAUCCAGAGCGUGCGGAAUCUGCUCAAGAGACGCGGAUUGCCGACGACGAACGUGCGGAAGGUGUGCCGAAGCGGCUCUGGUCGCCCCGACGGCGCCCUCAGCACCACCCUGCUCAUCCUCCUGGCCACCCUGCCAUGCCUCACGAAAUUUCUGGCAAUUUAGGCCUCCAUCCCUCGCCUGAACCGCGCGCACCAACACUAAUUCCAUCCAAUUUCGCAUCAUACACACUGGAAUCUCCAUCACCAUAAUUUAUAUAUGUAACUCGUCGCUGACCCUUUCAUCGCAACUCCCCUCCCCUUUGCCGCCUAAUAAAAGUCAAUACAAUUAGUGAGUGUCUUAUGGGCCGCAUGGCAGAUGAUCUUGAGAGAGAUAAAUAAAGAGAUGUCCAGCGGACGAAAAUAUACACAAAAAUAUUUAUUGUGCCCGUAAAACAAGGCAUUUUGUCAGUUUCUUCUCAAAUGUCCAACAAGUAAUUGAUUAAUCGACCAUCAUUACCAAUGUUACCAAUUAUAAGAAUUAAAGUCACUUUUCCGUCCACUGAGACGCUCGCCAGUGGGUGUUGAUUCACCACAGUCUCGAGGAAGGAGGGAUCAAGAGGUCACGACGGAGGCACCGCAAACGAACUCCUCAAUUGAAUAGUGGCACGAGUUCAUGAAAUAUUACCCCCAGUUCACAUCUAACGCCUUUCGCAUUCACUACAAUGCCACAGCACAGGCGAUGACAGAGGUUUUUGAGGAAUCUAAUUGUUAUAAUCUGUGGCAGAGCAGACACUAAUUGUUCCAUGGUUCAGCAUUGUGGAACAUUUUGGAGAAAACGAUGAAUAUCGAAGUUUAAUCUAAACGUUAAAACUUUUUAAGAUUUCCAUCUUGGUGCCAGUGAAGAGUGGAAUAACUAAUAAAAGUCUUAUUUAAAAUAUUUAUACAUUCUUUGCGU